AUGGACCAGGCAGAGGUGCAAAGAGCUCAGCUGGUCGGACCUUUGGCUCCUCUGACCGAGCUUGAGGCAGAAUAUGCCGAAAAUCCGGCGUUUCUCGCAAAGGUGAAGAGCUUGGAAGAAAGGUUCUCGAGCUUUCGCAGAACUUCCCCUGACGGCAAUUGCUUCUACCGAGCCUAUCUGUUUGGUAUCUUCGAGCAGUUGGUUGGCAACAAGGAGCGCCAUGCCGCUUUCGCCAGCCACCUGAAGGCGGCACUAGAUUUCUGCAUUGGAGCAGGCUAUGAGAAGGUUGCCAUCGAAGAUUUCUACGAGGAGUUCAUGGCAAGUAUCGAUCGACUUGGCGAUGGCUCUGCUGCAGAGGCUGUUAUGGAGGAGAGCAGUGAUGCUCUUGUUUGUUGGACUCGAGUCCUAACGUCAGCUUCCCUGAAGCAGCGAGCAGAGGCGAAACGGUCGAAACAUGAGAGCAGCCCGCAGACCAACGCGCAUCUUCGUUGGGGCGAUGCGGCGGCAGAAGAGGAAGCUCGUGGGCUACGACAGCCGACCGAGGAUCAGAUUCGUCAGAUGGAAUCCUGGAAGGCCAAGCGCAAUACGGUGAUCCAUACGUUGAGCGACACAGGGCUGGUCUUGAUGCUUUACUACUCGCGAGACCGCGACGAAAUCUUCGUUCGAAUAGCUGCUGAUCCACAGCAUCUUCGGCAGGUUGCAGAGAUGAUUCGGUAUCAACUCGAGUUGAAACCGCAGUACUUGUCGGCAUUUGCGGAUUACAAAAACGACUACGCAGGCAGACGUGACAUGAAUUAUCGUGACCGCUGCGUUGUUUCGCACUUGUACGAGACGCAUGCCGACAAGGAGAAGGAAGGAGACUACCCGCAAAAAGAUGCAAUCUUCCGCACGGUGGAUCGGCUCCGUCUCAUCGAUCACAUCGUGCGCAGUGGUGAUCGAAGCUGUGCUGGCAUUGAUGUUGGGCAGCUGUUGCACGAUGGCGACCUGAUCCAUUACUUCCCGCUGCACGAGCAAGGAAAGCUGCAGGACAUGGACAAAGAUUGGUUCAAGACCUUUGUCAUCGGACGCAACAUCUACAAGGUCCGGGACUAUUUCGGUGAGCGCAUUGCGCUGUACUUCCUUUUCAUGUCUCACUUCAUCAAAUGGAUGGUGAUACCGACUUUAAUCGGCUGCUUCUGCUGUGUGCUCGACCUGUUCAUGGGGACGCCCAACAACUGGACGGCGAUGUUCCUCUGCAUCGGCGUCGGACUCUUCUCAACGACCUUCAUACACUUCUGGCGAAGAAAGUCCAAUCUCUAUGCUCUGAAGUGGGGGACGUUUUCUAUGAAAAAGAAGCCUGAACCAACCAGACCAGAGUUCUAUGGGGUAAGCCGCAUCAACCCCAUCACCAGCAGGGUUGACAGGUUCUACCCUUGGAGCGAACGGAUAUGGAAAGUCCUUUUCAGCUAUUCUGUCAUUAUGGUGUCCCUCAUCGCCCUCUUUUUCGUGGUCGGCAUUCUCAUGGUGCUCCGCCACAUUUUCCACAAGAAUGGUGGUCGAAUCACUUUCCAGGUCAUCAACGCACUGAUCGUGGAGUUGUUGAAUACCCUCUUCACAAGCCUUGCAAACUGGCUGACGGACCGGGAGAAUCAUCGCUCUUACUCAGAACAUGCGAACCACCUAUUGGCCAAGAUGGUGGUUUUCAAGUUCAUCAACUGCUACGUGUCGCUGUACUAUAUUGCCUUCUUGAAGGCACAUUCGUAUCUUUUUGGGAUGCCAAUGACGUGUGUCAACGACGAUUGUCUCAACGACUUGGGCUCACAGCUUGCAAUUUUCAUGAUCAUGAGGCUGACCGUGCAAAACAUGAUCGAACUUGGUGCUCCGUAUGCAGUCAUGUACUACAGGGAGUACACAGAAGGAAACACCUUCAAGACCUCCCUCUUCACGAAUCCGAUGACGAUCAUGCCAGAUCUAUCCAGUCCAGAGAAACAGAGCAAAAAGGAGGAUUACGAUGUGUACCAGGACAUGGAUGAGGUGUUGAUUCUCUACGGCUAUACCGUGCUCUUCGUCGUCGCUUGUCCGUGGAUUCCCCUGAUCACAAUGAUCAGCCUUGUUCUGGAGUGCUUCAUGGAUCAGAAGAAGCUGGUACUUCUUUUUCGCAGGCCUUUCCCAUCACCAGCUUCCAACAACGAGCCCUGGGACACUGCUUUCGAUGUAUUCGGCAUGAUUGCAAUGGCUACGAACACCGCCGUUGUCGUGUUUGCUUCGAACGUCUUCGCCAGCUGGAGUCACCACCACAAGAUCCUGCUGUUUCUGGUCGUGGAGCACUGCAUGAUUGCAUUCAGGAUACUCAUGUCCACGCUUUUCCCGGCUGUUCCCUGGGAGGUGCGGAUGCUGGCCAUGCAGCAGCAGGUCAUGGUCCACAGGCACUUGAAUCUUGGCGGGGAAGAGGAUGACCACGAAACACGAGCGAGUGCGAUGAUGGCAACCGCACAGCCUCCUCCGCUUGUACAUGACGCUGAUGAGGAGGAGUACUGGUACACCUGA